CAACGCCUCUCAGCGCAGCGGUGCAUCACAGAGGUCUGGAAACGGUUGGGGAAGAUUUCGGGCAACGAAAGGCCUUAGUACACUUCGUUUGCCCGGACGAUCUGCGAUCUAAGACCUUCGGACUUGCUCUCAAUUUUUAACCCAGACCUGUCGUCUCCUCUAAUGUCGGAUUUCAAGCUUGGAAUUGUUCGACUUGGCCGUGUGGCCGGGAAGACAAAGUACACUUUGAUUGAUGAACAAGACAUACCAUUAGUGGAAAACUAUGCCUUUGAGGCACGCAUGGAAGUUGAUGCCGAUGGCAAUGGGGCAAAAAUCUUUGCUUAUGCCUUUGACAUUGGCAAGGGUCGAUGGGCUGGUCGACCACUGCAUGAGUUACUUUGGGAAAAGCACAGAGGUGGAAUCGCUCCAAGUUUCCAAGUAGUUCACAUAAACUCAGUUACAGUCGACAACCGUCUAGACAACUUGCGUCUUGUUCCUGUGGGAUGGAGUCCCAAACCAGAAGAUCUCUCUAGCAAACAUAGAGAGCAGUCACUGUAUUGGCUGGCCAUCCAGCAGGUUCCAGCAGACCCAGUAGAAGAACAGUAUCUGGAAUUAAGUCGAACACGCUACUACAAUGCCAACGGAGAGCUGGUGGAAGAGGAAGAGUGCUCUUGCACCUAUUAUGAGUGUCACUACCCACCCUGCUCACUUAUUGAAAGGAGGCUGAGGGAGUUCAACAUCUGUGGCCGUUGUCAGGUGGCACGCUACUGUGGCUCACAGUGUCAACAGAGGGAUUGGCCAGCCCACAAGAAGCAGUGCCGUGAACGCAAGCGGGUUCUUGCGCUCGAGUCUGAACCUGAGCGAUGAUCCCCUCCUCAACCCUCGUUUGAAAAACGGGUCAGAGGGGGUGUGGGGUGAGACUAGAGGUGGAGUGCAAAAACUGACUGUUAGGCUAGGGAACAAUUUUGGUUGGUUUGAUGGGCCUGUUGGGAGGAAAACGAACAUGCUUCUCAGAACUAUCACAUCUCCACAGCUUGCCUGUGGGGAUCAUGGGAAAUGGAGUUUUUUUUCUAGUUGUUCAGAGGGAGGUCUUAAAGGCUCCACCUGCUGCUAUGGAUGUGUGUUUAAUGAAGAAAAACACCAUGCCGUCAUAACUUUUUCUCUGUGGACUGCAUUUAAGUAUUGACAGUCAUGCGCUCGCUUGUUUCAUCCACCCUUCUGUCAUGAAGUAUUUGCUGCCGAGGGACAAAACUGCUGUACAACUGGAUGGAUGGAAUAUGGACCUUUUCACUGUACUACCCUUCCUCUUCUCCCAAUUGGACUUCUUGUGCACAUAACCAAGCACAUAGUCACUCACCUGCCAUACCUUCUUUAAGGAUACAGCUGAUAGCUGUGCAAAGCCACGUCACCAGUAUUGUGUGUGUGCAGUGCAAUUAAUUGACUGAAGGACAUGGAUUAAAUGGUUGAAUGUUGUCUUUCUCUCUCUCUCGCUAAGGGAAGUUUGGGGGCUGGCGGCGGUGUCACUUUUUCUGAGUUUUUGAAUGCAUUACAAUCUUACUUACUCUCCCCACUCAUGUCAUGUUUAGGUUCACUAAACCAUAACAAGCACUCAGUUUAGAGGGAUGUCCUGGGAAAAACUUGAAAACCCGUGUGGAAAGUUGACUCUGAUUUAUGUUGUCAAAAUUGUCAUGGGUCCCAUUCAUUCAAUGAUCUAGUCAUCUUGUCAUAAAAUCUUUAUCAAAGUGAGUUUAACUUAUGAAUUUUCACUUUUUUUCUUUUAAGAAAUAAAUCUUUCAUCUUUGUACAAAAAUGUGCACACACAAGUUCCAUGUGUGUCUUCCUCUAAUGUCAAGGGCAACUCUACCAAACUGUGAAGCGCACAUACAAGGUAUCAUGUGUGAUAAAUGCAUACAUGUGACUUGUCUGUGUUCAUAUUCCAAAUAAUUUAUUUGGUUGGGGUUGAACACUGUGCACUGAAAUUCUUCACUCUGAUCUCUCUCUCUCUUUUUUUCUCACUCUCUGAGAAACAGGAGUCUGGGUUAGUUUUUUUUUUUUAUUAAGCUAUUACCAUACAAAUAUUAAAUGCAUAAAUGCGUGAAAGGACAAAAUUUUGGUAACUGACCAUCUCUUGUCAUCGUAAAAUAUAAGUAUAAAAUUAAAUAAAAUCUAAAA